AUGGACUACAUGGUAGACAUGCUCACCGAUGAAUUGGAAAUUGUUCGCCUGAAACCGAUUAAUAACUGCGUAAAACUGGCUUCGCGAGUUCCUGUUUUGCUGGAAGAUCAGAAUGAGAAUGUAUUGACGAGCUGUUUGCCCGAUUCUAGGCGAGACAUUAGAUUUUUAAAUGAACUUAUCCGCGUUGUCUCUCCCAAAUAUCUUGGACCAAGGUCAUCACCGCAGGUUAAAACUAGAAUUAUUGAAUUGAUGUAUGGUUGGACUAUUGCAUUAAAAGACCAAAUAAAGAUUGCUGAUGCGUAUUCAAUGCUCAAGAAACAAGGCAUCGUCAAGAAGGACCCGAAAUUCGACGACAGAAGAUUUCUCCCUACUCCUCAACAAAAAGAAAGGUGCGCAUUAAUAAAAGACGAUGCUGAGGAAAAGCGACUGGCGGAACUUCUUGCGUCCAAGAAUCCAGAAGACAUCGCCCUGGCAAAUGAAAUGAUCAAAACCAUGUACGAGCAAGACAGUUAA